GAGUGCUUGCAUGUGCAUGUUUAUAGAUUUUUAGAAAUGACAACCUAUUAUUAUGCUGAUACUUCUAAAGAGGAGGUGUCCCUAGCAAAUGAACAACAACAAGAGCAGCAGCCGGAUAUACGCCCGGAGGGAAUGUCAAAAAAGAAGGAUGAUAUCAUCCAGCGCGUUGCAGAAUUCGUUGUCAACUCAUGCGAUAGUGCCAAGUAUCAACAUAAACUACGCCGCCGGACGAAAUUCAACUCCUAUUUCGCCUUUUUAGAUCCUGAGCACCCUUACCACGCGUAUUAUGAAUAUCUUAUCAAAUCCUAUCAGUAUUGGAAAGGCGUGCAGGAUGCGCUUUCAGCGAACGCAGGGCAAGAUCAGGAGGCCUACGCGUAUUAUCAACAACAAUUAAUGGAAGAACAGCAACAACAGCAGCAGCAAGACGGCGUUCAUCCGUAUUAUGCCUACCCCACCGGGGAGGGCUCCUACGCUAACGCGGAGGCCUUUUCCUAUGGGGAUUUAGUGGGUUCUACAGAAGGUGAAAGAGGUCAUUAUGAGGGGUUUCAACCCCCAUAUCCAACCUCGUCCUAUGAAAAUUCCUAUGACCCGACAGCAGCACCCAUAAUGAAUGAAAAUGAUGAGGAAGAGGCGGAGGAAGAGUACGAAUUAAUAAUCGAAAACGGAGUGCAGAAACUGGUAGCUAAAAAGAGAUGAUAUCCUUCCAAAAGAAACCAACGGUACUAAUUGCAAUUACAAAGGAAAUAAAUCAUCCUGUGAUGGAAAAGCCUAAGUGAUAUCCUUUUUGGUGGUAAA